CAUGGGGAGGGUGUCCCUGCCCGGUUACCACGGCGACCGCUACAACGCCACGCUGGCCCUGAUUGGCCUGCGCUCCAGUGACGCGGGCGUGUACCACUGCGAGGUAACCGUGGGAGACGAGGUGGAGCAGAACACCGUCCCGCUGGAGGUCAAAGGCCUGGUGUUCCAUUACCGCUCUCCUGGCGGCCGCUACACGUUGUCGUUCCCAGAGGCCCAGCGGUCCUGCCUGCAGAACUCCGCCCUCAUCGCCACGCCCGCCCAGCUGCACGCCGCCUUCAGCGACGGCUACGAGAACUGUGACGCCGGCUGGCUCUCCGACCAGACCGUCAGGUAUCCAGUCCAGUCGCCGGGGCCCGGUUGCUAUGGCGACGGGGAGGACUCACCCGGAGUGAGGAGCUACGGCAGCAAGACCGCAGACGAGCUGUUCGAUGUGUACUGCUUCACCGCAGAGCUGGCAGGGGAGGUGUACUUCUCCUCUGCCCAGCAGAAGUUGACUCUGUCAGGCGCUCGCUCACGCUGCAGAGCCCAGGGGGCGGAGCUAGCUACGGCGGGGCAGCUGUUCCUGGCCUGGCAGGCGGGACUAGACCGCUGUGCCCCCGGCUGGUUGGCCGACGGCAGCGUCCGUUACCCGAUCAACCAGCCCCGCCCCGACUGUGGCGGCGACAAGCCCGGCGUCCGGACCCUGUACCGGAACCCCAACGGCACCGGUUACCAUGACACCUCGGCCCUCUUCGACGCCUACUGCCACAGCGACUCCAUAGCACCGCUGGCUGACGGGCGGAUUGCGGCCCCGGGGUCCGCCGGUUCCUGGGGGGCCGGGGGCCCGUGGGGCGACGCAGGGCGGGGGGGGCUGUGGCUCGGUGGCGCCGCCCUGGGGGAUGCUGGGAGAAACACGCCGCUGGCUGGCGCCGGUCGCCAUAGUGAUCCAGGAAGCUCGCCACCGGACGCGGAAACAGUGGCAGGGGCCAAAAUGGACAUCCAAUCGGGAUUGAGCAAGGAGCUGGAGGAGGGGCCGAGCCCGGACUGGAGGGAUGUGAUUGGGCCUCUGAUUCGCUGGACGCUGGGGGAUGGGCCUCGACAGCCCGUCACUAUGGCGACGGCGACUUCACUGGGCUGCGAGUCGACUCCGGGGCAGUCCCACCGGAGCAGGAGCUCCAAGAGCACAAAAUGGCCGCACAAAAUGGCCGUCGGAAGCACUCCACCCACCAGUCACGUGACCGUCCCGCCCAAUCCCGGCCUCUCCUCUGAGACUCCGCCCUCUAAUGACCCGCUGACCCCCGCAGACCUGUCAGACACGCCUCCAUCCACCCGUCCAAUCACGGCCCAGGCAGGCACAGUCCCAGGAGAGGACCGCCCCCUCAGCGCUGAGAACGGCUCUCUAGGCUCCGCCCCAGACGCGGAGGGCUGUGAGCGGGGCUGGAGGAAGCUCCACGGUCACUGCUACAGGUACUUCACCCACCGGCACACCUGGGAGGACGCGGAGCGCGACUGCAGGCAGCACGGGGGUCACCUGACCAGCGUCCACUCCGCCGACGAGCAGGACUUCCUCAACGGUCUGGGCCGGGAGAACUCCUGGAUCGGUCUGAACGACCGCACCGUGGAGGAGGACUUCCAGUGGACAGAUGGCAUGGAGCCGGAGUAUGAGAACUGGCGGGAGAAGCAGCCGGACAACUUCUUUGCGGGCGGUGAGGACUGUGUGGUGAUGGUGGCUCAUGAAGACGGGAAGUGGAACGACGUGCCCUGCAACUACAACCUGCCCUACGUCUGCAAGAAAGCUACAGCGCUGUGUGGCCCGCCCCCGUCCGUGGACAACGCGUUCCUGAUUGGCCGCCGGCCGGCGCGGUACGAGGUGCACUCUCUGGUGCGCUACCAGUGCGCCCAGGGCUUCCGCCAGCGCCACAGCGCCACCGCCAAGUGCCGCCCCGGCGGGAAGUGGGACGCGCCCAAGAUGGUCUGCACAAAGUCCCGGCGACCACACCGCUAUCGGCGUCACCAUCACCGGUCCCGACGGGAACGCAGGAAGCACAAGAGAGGUCACCAGGGUGGAGCCGAGGGGCACGCCCACGACUGAGGCCAACAGCCAAUCGCGUCACCCGCUCUCUCUCUCUCUCUCUGGCUCCUCCCACUCUCUGGCUCCCCACCCCGCUGUCCCUGCCCUGUCCUCCACCAGCCCCCCAAUCCUAACCCCCCAGCCCCCCAAU